CCUAACUGCAAGUCCUUAAAUCUGCUACAUCCAUGAUCUCCCCUUGUGGAAAAAGAAGAGAAGACCUCUACAUACACGCGUACGUGCAGCCGUGCAGGAGGCUGGGAAAUCUGACUCGCUCACCCGACACCGUUGAUUGGCUUGCACACAAUCGGAUGGCCGAUCGACCACUGCACUGCCUCCUCCAAUAAUGCAGACCAACCGAUCGAUCCACAUCCACUGAGGCAGUCAGCCAGUCAUCCUCUCCCGCCAUCACCAAGUCACCAACCACCAGCAGCGGCAGCGGCAGCAGUGCCAGGAAUGACAUGAUUGCACGGUUCCGGCGAUCCGCCGGCCACGUACUCACUCGCCGACGUCGCAUGCCAUGCGCAGUCACGCAUCGCCAUGGAACGAACGAGGAUCCCCCUCUGCUCCCCCCUGCUCCCAGUGUCACAUCCGUCGCCCUCUCCCAGCUCUCUGCCACCGCAUAUGCGCCCCGUCCGGUAGGUGCGGCUAGCCUCUCUCUCGCCCGCCAUAGCCCGCCCCCACCCCGCAGCCAGGACCGCGGUGGGGGCUCCGCCACUGCGCCGCCGCACAUGCUCCCGGGAUCGAUCGGUCGAUCGGAUCGCUCGCUCCCUUCCCCACCGCCUGCCACUGCAACCCCGCCGCUGCCUACUCGCUUUGUUUGUUCCCCUCCCCGCCCGGUAAAACGCACGCGCUGCUCCUCCGACCGGCCUCGCCACUGCGGUGCGCCGCUCGUUUUCACCGCGCCGCUCUCCUAGCUUUUACCCCGGCACCGGCUGACGCCCGCCUCGGUCACCCGCUGUUAAGUGCCCGCCUGCGCCUCGCUCGACAGCGCGCACAGGCGCAGCGCGAGGCCGCAUUCAACUCGCCUGGGCCACCACCGCCGCGCUCUCCUCUCCUCUGCCCGCCACCUCCAUAUCAUCAUCCCGCCCGGCCGCCCUCCACCUCGCGCCGACAGACGUAACAACCCACCCCGCACCGCUCUGCGCGUGUCCGCCCCGCCUCCACUGCUGGCAUUUACGUGGCGCUUCUGCUGCUGCCGCUGCCGCUGCCGCUGCGCUUGCUCGCGCGCGGAGCGGGACGACAUGAGCCGCGGCGCGCACCGGGAGAUGCCGGCCGCGGGCGGGGGCGGGGGAGUGGGGACGAAGCUCAAGGCGACGCCCCGGGCGCUCUUUUCGUGUGGCAUCUUCAGCACCUGCACGCACCCGGCGCUCAGCCCCACGGCCACGCCCAACAACAAUGCCGCGGCGGGGAAUGGUGGGGUGAAGGGUGGCGGUGGUGGUGGGUCGGCCACGCCGGGCGGCGACGCGUCACCGGCGCUCGUGGAGGCGGUUGCGGCCUCGGCGGUGCCGUCGCCGGUGCAGUGGCAUCGUCAGAAGCAGGUGGUGCACGGGGGUAAUGCUAACGGCAGCAACGGUGCCGGGCCGUCGUCGUUUUCCUCGUCCUCGUCGAGCUCCGCGUCGCAGAGUUUCACGCAGUGGCGGCUGCCGGUGCACCACCCGCAGCAGGCGGCCUCGUCGGCGUCCGCGGCGGGGGCAGGAGCGGCCAGCCACGCGGUGGCGGGCAGCACGGAGGAGAAGUUCGCGGCGGGGGAUGUGGUGGCGGCGCUGCGUGCGGUGGAGCGGGAGAUGGAGGCCACCGAAACUUCAAAGACGGUGCCGGCUGCCGUUGUUGCCGGGGUGGUGGCCGCGGUGCGGGAUCCGGCGACGGCGAGGCUGGCGGCGAAGGUGCUGCUGGUGAUGCUCCUGGAGGAGGGGAACCGGGAGGCGGCGGUGGAGGCCGGCGCGGCGUCGGCAGGCGUGGAGGCGGUGGCGGCGUCGGGCCCCGCGGGCGCCACGGCGGAGCGCGCGCUGGCAGCACUCGAGCUGCUCUGCACGGCGGCCGGGGGCGCCGCAGCCGUGCGCAGGGAGGCCCUGGCGGCGCCCGUGCUGGCGCGCGCCGUGGAGGGCAUGUCCGGGCGCGGGCGCGAGUGCGCCAUCGGCGUGCUGGCGGCCAUCUACGGCGGCGAGGAGGCGGCCGGCGCGUCCCCGCCGCCGCCGGAGGUGGUGAAGGCGGUGGUGGGCGCGAUGCAGGGCGAGUGCAGCGCGCGCGGGCGGCGCAAGGGCGCCCAGCUCCUCCGCGCGCUCCAGGAGGGCGGCCGCCUCGGGCUCGCCUGGGACGGCGUCGGCGGCUCCUGAUGAAGCGACGAGCAACCGGCCGCCUCGGCGUCGGCCACACUCCACUCCACUCCACUGGAGUGAAGCUCGAGUAGAAUGGAACAAGAAGCUGAAGGAAACGAAGGGAAGCAAGAAUGCGAGGACAGGAGUCAUACCUGCAAGAUGAAGAGGAUGCACUCCUUCAUAACGGGGCGUACACAUUUACUGAACUUCUUCAAGCGCAGAUGAUGUACAAGGAAAAUUAUUCUGGAUUCCAGGGAAGUACAGAAACUGAUUACAAUCUGGCGAACACUGCAACCAGCAAUUAUCAAACAUGAACACACAACGACACGGGAGAAACUGUGAUGAUGACUGUUCACAACCCAUGGGAUGUCAGUCUAUUUGACAACAUGGAACCUGACAAGGAACCUGAAGAAUCUGCAUAUGAUACAUCUGCAACACAAGCAACAGAGAAAGGGCUAAAUCUACAAGCAACAGAAAGAAGUGAAGAGACAGAAAAACAGCAGCAAACUCAAACCGAAGAAGACAAGGAGUACCUAGAUCUUCCUACGAGAUGUUCCUAUAAGAUGUUUCAUGUACAGAAAACGAAUUUACAGUUAAGUGUACACAGUAAAUAGAAAUCAAACUCCUAGAUCUUCCUACAAGAUGUUUCAGAGAAUUUCAAAGAGAGUAAACUACAAACCAUACUAGAAAAACUGGAAUUGCCCAACAUACCUACAGUAUUUACAAUGCCAUUAACACAGUAAAAGCAUACAAGCUGACUGUAAAAGAAAGAAAA